CCUUAUGGCUGUGUUCCUGUGCCUUGCUGCACUGCUCCUGUUCACUGGCCUUGGACGAGUAAAUGGAACAGUGACUUCGUGUUGCCUGAGAACAACUGGGACGAAGAUCAAUGUGACGCUGCUCAGCCGCUACUACAUGCAGAAGAGUGGCAUGUGUCCAGUGGAAGCAGUGGUCUUCACCACAAUAAAAGGAAUUACUAUCUGCUCCAGUCCCACAAGCCUCUGGGCAAAAAAAGCCAUGGCGCACCUGGACGCCAAGGGAAAGACAAACCCAACAACGGUCAUCACGACACCUGGCCCAACAACAGAAGACCUGCCGUUGACACAGAAUUCCACAGAUAAAGCUGUAUAACGUCCUUGUUGCCAUUCUAUUUUGUAUCUGGCAUGAUUUCUUCACAUGUCCCUGCACUCUGUCUUUUAGUCUACUGUGUAUCCACACAUGUCUAACACACAUUUGCAAACACUUGUGUUAUGUGAAGGACUGUCUUAAUGUAUUCUGUUCAGUGGGCUUGACAGGCACUUUAUUACUAUACAAUAUCAACUUUACAUCAGCUUUAUGUAUAAAUGUCGGUCAAUUGUUCAACGUC